AUGUCGGGAGGGGUAGGAGAUAGUGAUGAACAAUGUGCUAUGCGGGGUUCUUGUGGAACGAAGGGGUGGUUUGGGCAACAACUCCCGUGCCCGUAUGAUGGACCUCCAGUUGAACCCCAGGACAGCAAAGCCAGGGAUUUGCUUGUUUCCGUUUGUGGUGCCCAAUUCGUAGAAGGGCCUACUUGCUGCACUUCUGGUCAAGUCGAGACCCUGCGCGACAGUUUAGCGCAAGCCGAACUCCUCAUUUCAUCAUGCCCUGCAUGCCGAAACAAUUUCCGUUCCUUCUUCUGCUCAUUUACUUGUUCACCACACCAGGGAACAUUCCUGAACAUUACUGAGACACAGAAAUCCAGUUCGGGAGAGACGGCUGUGAAGACAGUCGAUUUCUUUGUCGGCGAACAAUUUGCCUCGGGUUUCUUCGAUAGCUGCAAGAACGUCCAAGUGGGCGCUACCAACGGAUACGCUAUGGACCUCAUCGGGGGAGGUGCUAAGACGUAUUCUGAAUUCCUCAAGUUCCUAGGAGACGUGAAGGACCUUGGAAGUCCAUUCCAGAUAAACUAUCCCUCCACCGUACCCCUUGAUUUCACUGCGCUAGAUCCUACACCACGGAAUUGCGCUGACAAUGACCUAGAAAGUCGCUGCACUUGCAUUGACUGCCCCACGGUCUGCCCUGCACUUCCUUACGAGCCUCCACAGAUUGAUGGUCCAACGUGCCAAUUCGGCACGAUUUCAUGCCUCUCAUUCGUACUCAUCCUCGCAUACUCCCUCUGCGCCGUGGCCUUUGUAUUUGGUUAUGUCCUUCAGGCCACUAUAAGGAAGCGAAGAGAGAAAAGAUACGAGAGAAUGGCGUUAUCAGUGGACACCGCGUCCAUCCUUUCCCCCAGAUUACACACACGCGGUCUUGUUGGUUCGGUCUCACUUCCGCAAGGCCUUGCUGCAGCAUCCUCGCCAUUCUUGACAUUUUCGCUCGUGUUUACCGUCAUGGGCCUGCUCAACUUGGGCUGGCAAAGGUUCGAUAUCGAGACUGAUCCAGUUCGGCUAUGGGUCGCUCCUGAUUCAGAAAGCAAACUACAAAAAGAAUACUUCGACGAACACUUUGGUCCUUUCUACCGACCACAGCAAAUAUUCGUCACUGCGGUCUCAGACCCCCCUAUCACCAUCGAACCGAUUGCAUUCACAGAUAUUCGUGCAUCUUCGCAAGGUCCUGUCCUCAGUUACGAUCAUCUGCGAUACUGGAUGGAUGUAGAGAGUGAUAUACGCGCUCUCCGAUCUUCCCCCAAUGGCUACAGUCUCACAGAUGUGUGUUUCAAGCCUGCCGGGCCACAAGGAGCAUGUGUCGUUCAGUCUGUUGGUGCAUGGUUUGGUAAUGAUCUCAGUGAUUACGACGAGGAGUCUUGGAAGAAUCGAUUGAUUCAAUGUGCAAACUCUCCUGUGGAUUGCCUUCCAGAUUUCCAACAACCUCUUGGCCCACAAUAUGUCUUGGGCGGCGUGCCGGAGGAUAUGCCAAAGCGCAGUUCAUACCUUGACGCGAAGGCCCUCGUUGUCACUUAUGUGGUGUCAAAUUCACUUGACGAGGCCGAACUUGCGAAAGUUGUCGAAUGGGAGCAAACUCUGAGGGCAUAUCUCCUUGAACUCAGCGAACGAAUCCCCUACGAGGCGGGCAUGAAUAUCGCAUUCUCAACUGGCGUCUCUUUAGAGGAAGAAAUCAGCAGGAGUACCAAUACUGACGUCAGGAUUGUCGUCCUGUCGUAUAUUGCGAUGUUCCUUUACGUAUCGCUGACUCUGGGCAGUGGAUCAGCAGCAAGAGAGGAAGAAGGUGUACUGUCAUCCCUCUCCUUAUGGGCUCGCAACUUCCCUAAGCUAUUCCAACGGUCAAGCAUUACUUCCUCUUCAAUUUCGGUUGACUCCCGCACAACACCACACAUUUUACCGAGACUACCUCGUCAUCUCUUCGUCGGCUCGAAAUUCACUUUAGGCUUGCUUGGGAUCGGACUUGUCAUUUUAUCCGUCUCAUCUUCAGUCGGUUUCUUCUCGCUCGUUGGUGUCAAGACGACCCUCAUCAUUGCCGAAGUCAUUCCUUUCCUUGUACUCGCCGUCGGUGUCGACAAUGUGUUCAUUCUCGUUCACGAGCUUGAUAGGCAAAAUCUCCUCCAUGGGCCUAACGCUUCGGCAAUUGCUCCAGGAGGAGGAUACCCGGCACUUCGUUCCCCUACCCCCCACCGUUCACCUUUUGAAUCAUCCCAUGAAGAAUCUGUCGAUACCGCCUCGGUACCCUUAUAUCUAUCUGCAGAGGAAAGGGUUGCGCGGACGUUGGCAAAGAUGGGUCCGUCAAUUUUGUUGAGCUCUGUGACAGAAACAGUUGCUUUUGGCCUCGGUGCCUUGGUGCCUAUGCCAGCUGUACGCAACUUUGCGCUAUAUGCUGCUGGUAGCGUCCUCUUGAACGCGUUACUCCAAGUCACUGUCUUUGUCAGCGCGCUCACUAUUGAUCUGAAGCGCGUAGAGGCAAGCCGAGUUGACUGUUUCCCGUGCAUCAGAUGGCCUUCUCGCAUCGCUCUGCUUGAUGCUCCUAUGAACGCAAGUGGACUGGGCAGGGUCGCUCGCUUCAUCCGACGCCACUAUGCUCCUUUCCUCCUCCAGCCAGUUGUCAAGGGUGCUGUACUCCUUACUUUUGCUGGAUUCUUUGUCCUCUCCGUAAUAUCGAUGCAGCAUAUUCCGCUAGGACUUGACCAAAGGUUGGCUCUUCCCUCGGAUUCAUACCUCAAUGACUACUUCAACCACCUCGACGUGUACUUGGACGUUGGGCCUCCAGUUUAUUUCGUAUCUCACGACCUUGACGUGACCAAGCGGCCUGGUCAACAAGAGCUCUGUGGUCGCUUCACAACUUGUGAUGACUUCUCUGUCGCCAAUGUUCUAGAGGCUGAACGGAAGAGACCUGAGUCAUCAUUUAUCUCACAGCCGACUGCGUCAUGGAUAGAUGACUUUUUCAAAUGGCUUGAUCCUGCCAUGGAGACGUGCUGUCGUGUACGCAAGAGAGAUCCUGCGAGGUUCUGCGCGCCGAGGGAUUCAGACCGGUUAUGCCAACCGUGCCUAUACGACAAGGAACCUGCGUGGAACAUUACCAUGGUCGGAUUGCCUGAGGGAGAGGAGUUCAUGCGGUAUCUGAGACAGUGGUUAAUCUCGCCCACAGACGAAACCUGCCCCUUGGCAGGCAAGGCGUCAUUCGGCACCGCACUCUCGCUUGACGAAACUGGCAUUGCCGCAUCUCAUUUCCGCACAUCGCAUUCGCCUCUUCGAUCCCAAGAGGACUUUAUCAAUUCCAUGGCAGCGGCGCGCCACAUAGCAGCUAAGAUUUCAGAGCUCACCGGGUCACAGGUUUUCCCUUAUUCGUUGCAUUACGUUUUCUUCGACCAAUAUGCCCACAUCGUCGCCAUCACGCAGGAGAUUCUCGGGCUUGGAUUGGCUGCCGUGCUAGUGGUCACAGCGCUACUGCUAGGCUCAUGGCGCACAGGGACAAUCGUGACGGGUGUCGUCGCGCUGACAGUAAUGACUGUCAUGGGCGUCAUGGCAGUAUGGGGCAUUAGCUUGAAUGCUAUCAGUCUGGUAAACCUGGUUAUUUCAAUCGGGAUUGCAGUGGAAUUUUGCGCUCAUGUGGCAAGGGCCUUCAUGAGUGCUGGUUCUGGUUUACCAGCUGAUCAUCCUGCCGGACAGAAAGAGCGGGAUGAGAGGAUGUGGACCGCCCUUGUUGACGUCGGGCCCUCAGUUCUGUCUGGUAUCACAUUUACCAAACUGAUCGGCAUGUCUGUCCUUGCACUCACCCGAUCCAAGCUGUUGGAAAUAUACUACUUCCGCAUGUGGCUUACUCUCAUUGUUUCUGGGGCUUUACAUGGUUUAGUACUUCUGCCUGUCGUGCUCAGCCUUGCUGGAGGACCAGGGUUUGCUCAGCAAGAAGCCGAUGAAGAAUGGAUGUCAAAUGCCAUCAGGAAUGAUUAUGAGUAUGCGUAA